UUCUAUUAUUUAGCUUUCUUUUCUGUGUUUUUCUUUAUUUUCGCCUAUUCACAGAAACCGGCAUCCAAGGGAGAAAACUCCAACACAAGUACAGAAGAUUUAGGACGUUUUUACAAAACAACAAAUAUGUCAGCAUCUGCACCAGGGAUUUCUCAAGACUGGCUUGAGAGAUAUCAGAAGAAUUUCGAAAGUUCAGAGAAGAAUAUACUUGCUCAGAAUGUGUGCACACAGCAUAACCUGGUUGAGAUGUGUUCAAGCCGAGCCAGGAAACAAACUACUCAACAUUGCUUCUCACACAAGGUUGAGAAAGAAGGCAAACCAAUGACGGACCAGAAAGGAUCAGGAAGAUGCUGGAUUUUUGCUUGUCAUAACAUUAUGAGAAUUCCUUUUAUGAAGAAAUAUAAACUAGAUGAAUUUGAGUUUAGCCAAACUUUCCUCUUUUUUUGGGAUAAGGUUGAGAGGGCAAAUUAUUUACUGAAUGCAUUUGUUGAAUGUGCGAAGAAUGGUGAAACAUAUGAGGGAAGGCUUAUCAGUCAUCUAUUGCACAAUCCCUCAGAGGAUGGUGGACAGUGGGACAUGCUUACAAACUUGGUUGAGAAGUACGGGGUUGUACCAAAAGUUUGCUUUCCUGAGAGCUGGAGUGCAGAAAACUCGCGGAAACUUGGAGAACUGCUGAAUAAUAGGUUAAGAGAAGACUGUAUGACGUUACAUAGACUGGUGGCUGCUGGGAAGACAGACUCAGAAAUUAAUACUGAAAAGAUGAACAUGAUUGAGGAGAUUUAUCGCAUCAUGUGUAUCGUACUUGGAACGCCACCGACUAACUUUACCUACCAGUACUAUAGUAAAGGUGAAGAUGAUAAAACACCCCAGUAUAAAUCGUUUGGACCGACCUCACCACUCAACUUUUAUCGUGAACAUAUCAAACCAGACUGUGUCAAUAUGGAAGAUAUGGUGUGUUUGGUGAAUGAUCCCCGUAAACAAAAUCCGUACAACAAACUGUACACUGUACAGUACCUCGGUAACAUGACUGGUGGCAAACGGGUGCUGUAUAUCAACAAACCAAUAGAAGACCUAAAACAACUUACUAUUAAAUCAAUCGUGGAGAACAAAUCACCUGUAUGGUUUGGCUGUGAUGUGGGCAAGUCUUUCAGGGGUCAGGACGGAUAUCUUGAUCUGAAAGGGAUUGAUUACAAACUAGUGCUAGGAAUUGAUACUCUCAAAAUGAAUAAAGAAGAGAGACUGAUGUAUGGGGAGUCACUUAUGACACAUGCAAUGACUUUUACAGGUGUCAACUUACAGGACAACUCUGAAGGAAAAACACCAAAAGCAGACAAAUGGAGGGUGGAGAAUUCUUGGGGGUCUGGGCGUGGUGAUAAUGGUUACCUUGUGAUGACUGAUGACUGGUUCUCAGAAUUUGUGUACGAGGUUGUUGUCAGUAAGAAGCUUCUGGAUGCACAGACUCUAGCACUGUUGGACCAGGAACCAAUCGUUCUUCCAGCAUGGGAUCCUAUGGGAGCUCUCGCUCACUAACAGGGAACCAGAAUGAUAAACACCAUUCUAGUCUGUGAUUAUUCUUUGUGUGAAAACUGUUCAAGUAACUAAAAUAAGUAUUUAUCACAUACCCCUGCCACUUUUGCGACUCCGUAAAAAUGGUAUUGCACGGCCGUGCAUAUAUUUUGAUGUGUUGUUAUUUGCAUUAUAUGAAGAAGCUAAAUGUUAGUUGUUAUAUUAUAGGCGCGUCAAUGAAAAUGAAUCUUUUUUCGUUUCAAACUGUCUUUAUUUUUGGUAUGUGAUAAAUAGAAUAUUAAAUUUUUAUUUUUGGAAUGUGAUAAAUAGAAUAUUAAAUUUGUGCAAGUUCUGUACUAAUUUUAUUGAACUAAUUGAAAAAAAUAAUAUUAUGCUCGCCAGAGGGUCAUAUAAUAUAAUUGUAUUCAACUGUUGUUCAAUGAAUUCAGUAUUAAACUUACACUCGUUCAAUAUCCUCUAUUUAUUAUAUAAAAUUCUCUACUUUGAUGUAUAAACAACUUAGUUUUAUGAUUUCAUUCUUUGAUGAUGGUACUUACAUGAACAAAUCUAUCAACAUUCCAAACGUUUUAUUUUACAAAUUUGUUUUAUUUUCAUAAUUUACAAUGUUAUUAUUAUUAUUUUUAUUAUUUUUGGCUUGGGAACAUAAAUGUUUUGAAUUUCAAUUUAGCUCACCUUGCACAAAGUGCCAGACAGAGCUGUUUGGAUCUCUCACAAUCAGGUGCAAUGUAUGUCUGUUAACAUUUUCCUUUAAACACCCAUCUCCUCUGAUACAACAAUGAUGAAACUAUGUAUGUAUGUAUUCUAGGCUUAAUGAGGGUCCAUAUGCCCUGUCAGGCACUGUGAGUACGAACCCUUGACAUGUCACCAUUCAUGUCUUUAAAUGUACUGAAAGGUGACCUAUAAAUUUAGAUUUCAGUACUUCACGGAAUGAUACUAAAUAUGUUGAUAAUGAAACUUGGCAGUGAUGUUCCUUUUUUAAUGCCCUAUCAGAGGUGUUCAAAUAAUUCCAUGCAAAAAUUUGGUUAUCAUGGCAAAAGACAGGAAAAAAACUUUAAAUCUUACAAGAAAGACUAAAACUUAUAAAAAAAAAUAUAGUAUUACAAUUUUGACCUCUUUGAUGCUGAAAAUAAAUUGUCAUUACAGAGGAUGAUAAAAGAUAAUUGUUUAAAAAAAAGCAUAUAAAGGUUGCAGACUUCAUUUAGGUGAGCUGUAAAAGGACCAUUAUUGUCCCCUUGUUUUGGUGUUGGUUUUAUUUAUUUUAUUUAUUCAUAAUUAAGUUGCCAUAUACUGUCUUAAAGAUUAAAUCAUGUUGAUAAUUAUUUUUUGAUAUUAUUUUAUCUAUAUUUUUGUAUUCUGUAAAAUACGGUUCCAUCAAACAUUUGAUAACAUAUCAUUUGAUUAAUAAAUAACUAUUUUAUUACAAAUUUUGAUAAUAAGUCCUUAGAAUUUGAGAUUUUAUUUCAAUGAGUUUAAAGCAGUAGGUAUUCAGAUUCUUUUGUAAUAUGUUGGUGCCAGUAGGCAGAGGGUUAAGAAUUGUUAUUAUGGGCAAAACUUUCAUCAAGUGUACAAAUAAAGUGAUUUAAAGCUGCACGCCUCCAGAUGAACCAAAAUAUUUUAAGAAUUUGAGAAAAAUGUACUAAGUUUUUAAGAUAAGUCAGAAGAGUUAAGAAAUAAUUGGCAUGUAAUGAGGUAGAAAUAUGUUACAUCUAUAAAAAAAAUGCCGCCAAGGCAGUCAUAAUCAAUAUGUAUAUGUAUGUUUUUUUUUAUUUCUGAUAACAUUAAAAGAUUUGAGUCAGUGGAGGAGUGGUUAACACGUUGGACUAGUAAUCUAAGGAUAGCUAGCAGCAUGGGUUCAAACCCUGUCAGGAGCAAACCGUUGUUUCCUUGAUCAAGAAACUUUGCAUUCAUUGUUUAGUACUGGUUGGUUCCACCAACAGACUUGACAGAAUUUCAAUUAGAUUAUAGCUUCCAACAUAAUCAAACUAAAAUUUAUUAGUAUAAACUAAAAGACUUUUAGUCAACCUGGAUGUUCGCAGCUACAAAAAUUAUACUUAACAAUGUGAGAUAUGAAGAAUAGUAAAUGUUUAAAGUGUUCAAAUCCCAGAUACAGCGCUCUUUGUUAUGAAUAGGUUGAGAAUAUCCUGAAUCAAAUCAAAUUGUUUUUUAUUUAAGAAAAUAUUGUUUCAGGGCUGAAUAAGUUGUCAUGGUAAAUUUUUACCUGGUUAUGUUAUCUAAGAAGCUGUGAUGUUGUGAUUGUUUUGUUGUUGUUCUAUACAUGUAUUAUCUUUUUUCUCUUUUUUUCUUCAUCUUUUGUUUGUUUGAGAAAUUUAAAUUUCAUAAAAAAUCGAUUUUUAUUAAGGUUGAACACAUUUGAUUUAUAUACAAUCUUGUCAAAAUCAAUCACUACCUCGAAAAAUAAAGAACAUAUAUAAAUGGUAUAAUGUAUAAGGGUUUGUUUGUUGUUGUUGUUGUUUUUGUAUAUUUUUUUCUCAGACAUUUAAUGUGAUUUGUAAAUGAGGUGAUAAACUACACAUUUUGAUUUCUAAUAUUUCUUUGUAAAUUCAGUAAAAUUAGAAAAAUUUUGGAACUUCGUUCUAAUAUCUAAUGAAGUACUCUUAAUACUUAGACUUUAGUUUUCCUUUUGAUAUGGUUUGCAUGCAAAAAUUAAUUUGAUUGUGUCAAAUGUAUUUUUGAGUAUAUGCAUGAAUGAUGUGAAUAUUUAUCAAAUGAUAUUCUUGUAUACAUUAAUAUAUGCACAGUUUAUACAUGUGUAUGAAAUAAUCCACCGUCAUUUACAAUGCACAGCACAGAAUAUAUAUAUAUUCAGAUCUAUUUUCAGAUCAUUUAUAAUCAAAUAAAGAUUAAGAAAAUAA